UAAUGUAUUAUUGAAUUGAUAGUGAAGUCCAUAUGAUUUGCUGUGAAGUAGAAAAAUAUUAUUGUAUUUACACUAAACAGUAGUGUUUGAGACAAACAAAUAUAUGACUUGAAGUUAAGUAUAAUUGUAAUACACGUGGCAUUCAAGUGAUAGUUAAAGGUCUUAAAUAGUGAUAAUCUGAUCCAAAUUGUCUUCAUUGGUCCGACAAAUUUGAAUGCAAUAAUCUGAUCAUCAAUUGGUUGCUAUUGAUUGUCAUCAAAAGCAAUGAACAACAGACAAGAGCUCAUAUCAAAGGCUGAAGACGUGGCCGACGAGGUAUUGCGUCGCUCGAAGACCAUAUUGCCGACCAUUGCCCGACUAUGUCUGGUGUCGACAUUUAUCGAGGACGGCAUCCGUAUGUGGUUCCAGUGGUCAGAACAACGGGACUACAUGAACAGCCAGUGGGGUUGCGGCUAUUUUAUUGCCUCAUUUUUUGUCUUAAUCAAUAUGUUGGGCCAACUGAUCGGCUCUGGACUAGUGGUGGCCCGAUUUCAGGUGAUGAUUGCCUGCGCAAUACUGUUCGGUAAUGUUGUCCUUCAGACCUUUGCGUAUUCAAUACUAUGGGACGUAAACUUUUUGUUACGAAAUAUGAGUCUUUGCGGCGCUCUAUUGCUUCUGUUGGCCGAAUGUAAAGCCGAAGCCCGAACUCUGUUUGCCGGCGUUCCGACACUCGGCGAAAACCGACCGAAAACCUAUAUGCAGUUAACCGGACGCAUACUAACAGUGCUGAUGUUCGCUACUAUCUUGCACUUAGACGUCAAUAUCUUCUCAAUCAUACAAAAUAUUAUAGCCAUCGGACUCAUGGGUGCCGUUACUGUUGGCUUUAAGACAAAACUGUCGGCUCUGCUGUUGGUUUUAUGGCUUAGCGCUUUGAACUUAUAUUUCAACUGUUUCUGGACGGUUGACUCACACAAACCGAUGCAUGACUUCCUUAAAUACGACUUCUUCCAGACAUUGUCUGUGAUUGGAGGCCUAUUAAUGAUUGUCCUGUUGGGACCGGGAGGUAUAUCGAUGGAUAAUCAUAAAAAACGAUGGUAAUUGUUGGCCCACAUAACCACUACCACCACAAACACUCUUAUACAUACAUAACACCCAUAAAUAUAUUAAAUAUCUAACUCUUCAUAUAUUGUAUUUUUAAAAAUUAUAUAUAUUUUUAAAACUAUAAUUAAAUUAGUUGAUUAACUAUAUU